AUGAGUUUCGAGCGUAUUGAGGAUUGGAUAGCACAUACCAACUCUCUCAUAAGCCCCCAGAUCGCCUUACAACCACCCAAACGCAAAUUCGCCGACGACACUAUUGCCACCACAGCCAUCGGCAUGUCCUCGCCUCCUCCAACCGAAGACCCGCGUAGCGAUGUAGAAGCAACUCCAAGGGCAAAAUCACCGUCGAAGCGCCCAAGGAUCGACUCACCGCCAGCGAGUUUUCACCAUGAGUCGAUUGCCGACCACGACACACCUUCUCUCAGCGCGAGCUCUGUUACCGAUUCGACACGGACGGAUACGACGGGUGGAAGCGGCAGACUGAGGCGCAAACGAAGCCCUGUCAAGAACAUGUCUGACUUGCGUCUCGCUGACAGACCAGUUGUGCUUACCACCUUGCAAAGACCCGAUCAGCUACCAUCUGAUGUCGUGGGCUUGGUCACGGUCGCGCGCGCCAUCCGUCAGGGUUCCAACAUCAUCCCCAAGCAGGUUGAGCAGCAAUCACAGUCACGUAUGACCAUAGUCGAUGAUCUAGUCUCGGGUUCAAGUUUCUACGAAGCGGAAGAGUGGGCGCGCUCGCACGGAUUGGAGCCAUGGGAUGCAUCCAAGGAGCUGGAGUUGUUGAGCAGGACAGUCGCGCGCACACAGGAAUGCGAGUUGGAGAAUUGGUCUGAAGCAGCGUGGAACGCUCGCAUACACGAGCCAAUUCUGGACUUUGUCCUUGAGUGCUUUGCUGGAUCGAUACGGCAUUUCGAUGUCACACGCGCCCCAAUCAACAAGCCCUACCUAUCACGUCACAUCUCCGGAGUAGACAUGCAGUCCAAGAUGGUGGACUUUUGUAUCUGUCUUGCUGGAGACGACAUUGUCGCUGCAUCUCAACGCCGUCUCAAAACCGCCAGUGAUUCCAACUCGAUCAACCACACGUCUUACCAACCAAUCCGCGAUCGCCCCAUUGCCAUCAGCAUCGAGACCAAAACGCUUGAAGGAUCGAGUCAAGAGGCCAAAGCACAGCUCUCCAUCUGGGCAAGCGCUCAUCUCAAGAGGUUGCGGUCUCUGGCGGGGAAGUCAUCGACGAAAACGUCGCACGCUGUCGGCAUAACGCUUCCUGUGCUAUCUACUAGUGGCGGGGAUUGGACCUUGCUGUUUGUGAAAGACGGCAUUAGCGGUGUUGAGGUCAUCGAGACACUUUCUGUAGGGAACACCAAGUCUCUCGUUGGAUCCUACAAGUUGGUGUCGGUGUUGAGGCAAUUGGGGCUCUGGGUGCAGACCACGUUUCGACCAUGGGCAAUGGAAAAUCUCCUGGCUUCGACGCAAGUAUAA